CUUUGAUCAAAUGAAAUCAACGGCGUUUGAUGAGAAUAUGUCCAAAGCUUUAAGCGCUUCUCAUUUCAUAUCAUUCUCUUUCCCCCAAUCCAUGUCACUCUCAGUCUUCUCUCCGAGUUCCUGUGCUCGAUUCACCGAUCGAACCCACCGUUCCCUUUUGGUGGAUGCGAUGUUCAUUUCCUCUGAAUCCAGACAGGCUUCUAUUCAAUUCGCCUGGAAUUUCGCAUCUCAUUCUAGUCAGGUGUCGAUUUACAAUCGUUCUAGACUAGCGUCCUCGACCUACGUCCUGGUGAUACGUCGCCUCCAACUUCACCGCGCUCUCUCUUUUCGUGCCUCUUCUUCCUCUUACUGUGUUUUCAGAUCAAUGGGGGCCAAGGCGAAGAAGGCUAUGAAGAAGAAACUCAGUAAGGUUACUUCUUCCUUAUCGGACAAGAAGGAAUCUGCCGAUUUCUUGCCAUUGGAGGGUGGUCCUGGGCGUAAAUUACCAGCACAGAAGCCCCUGGAAAAUACUGCUACUGUUCUCUACAUUGGUCGCAUACCCCAUGGUUUCUUCGAGAAGGAGAUGGAAGGGUUUUUCGGACAGUUUGGGAAAGUUAAAAGAAUAAGAAUUGCACGAAAUAGAAAGACUGGGAAGUCGAGGCAUUUUGGAUACAUUGAAUUUGAAUCUCCAGAGGUGGCAAAAAUUGUGGCUGAUUCUAUGCAUAACUAUUUGUUGUAUGAACACCUUCUGAAAGUCCAUCUAAUUUCUCCUGAGCAUGUUCAUCCCAAACUAUGGAAAGGUUUUAGCUAUCGCCACAAGCCCUUAGAUUGGUCUGAACUUGAGCGUAAGCAGCAUAACAAGGAAAGGACAUUGGACGAGCACAAGAAGUUGGUAGCGAGGAUCUUGAAGCGGGAUCAGGCUAGAAAGAAGAGGAUAAGAGCUGCUGGGAUUGAUUAUGAGUGUCCAGAAAUUGUGGGCAGUGUCCAACCAGCUCCCAAGAAGAUCAAGUUCGAUGAAGAUUAGAACGAGCGUUCGGUUCGUAGAAGGCUACAAUAUCAUCACACCACAGGGAGGAAGGAAGGAAGGAGAGCGGGGGAGGUGAUGAGCCCUUCCAUCUUUCAAAUUUCUUAUGCUGGAGGGUAACCUUCCCAAUAUCCUUGAAUCUCCAAAUUUGAUCUUUGGAAUUUUGUGUCAAACAUAUUUUGAACUUUAGUAGUAUGAAUUUCCUUUUAUAAAAAUGAAAAAAAAAGUUAUGUUGAAGCUUUAUGGCUUACAAUUCGGACUCGUCGCUAGGAUGGGAAACCGAAUGAUCUAUAUGUAUAUUUUAUCGUGUUU